UAUCCAAAGGGUUGUCAAGUUCGUGUGUUUAUUUAGUUAGUGUUUAUGUCGGUUAGAGGUUAACGCCGCAUUUGUAAUUCGUUUGUUAAUAUUCUAAUUAUAUUCGGUGGAUAAAUAGAACACAUUUCAAGUUCCAUGGCACACUGGACUUUAUUAAAUAAUGAUUUUAGAAUAGUUUUGUUUAUUGUGUAUUUUUGUUUGGUGAAAGCGUUCUUUGAAAAGGAGGCCAAGAGAGGAGACCUAUGUUUCUGCCAGCUCAAAGGUCAAGUCGGGGAUUGCAGCUGCUCCGUUGGAACUGUGGACCAUUUCAACAAUGUCAAAGUCUACCCAAGAUUGGCCAGCCUCAUUACCAAAGAAUACUUCAGAUUUUAUAAGGUUAAUUUGAAGAAAGAUUGUCCAUUUUGGUCGGACAACAGUAGAUGUGCAAUGAGAUACUGCAGUGUGGAGCAUUGUCUGGAUGAUGCUCCCCCGCUUAUAAAAAGUUACUCGUCCAGAAAGAAUCAAGUUGAAGACAUGAGUGUAAAGUAUUUGGAGCCGUACGCUCAAGGAGAGUGUGAUUCCGACUUGAAUGCAGAGCUAGGUUACCUCAACACAACAAUAAGUGCAGCAACAAUGGAGGAGUUUGCUCGAUGGGAAGCCUUUGACGACGCUCUAGACUUGUACUGCUUCUACGAGGAAGAUCCGGACGCUGAGUACGUAGACUUGCUGCUAAACCCCGAGAGGUACACGGGGUACAGGGGCUACUCAGCUCACCGCAUCUGGAACAGCAUAUACAUGGAGAACUGCUUCAGGCCAAAACAUAGCUUUGACGCUUACAUCAAGUCCUCAAAACUGAACAACAUGUGUUUGGAGAAGAGGGUGUUCUACAGAGUAAUCUCUGGUAUACAUUCCAGCAUCAACAUUCAUCUCAGUGCAAAAUACCUACUUUCUGACAUUGGUGUGAUCAACGGAGGAGGCAGGUGGGGUCCCAACCUGGUGGAGUUUGAACGCCGCUUCAGUCCGGAGACGACCAACGGGGAAGGCCCUGAGUGGAUACGCAACUUGUACUUUGUCUACCUACUAGAGAUGAGGGCGUUGGCAAAGGCAGCUCCGUACUUGGAACAGGAGGAGUACUUCACUGGUCGCCACGAGGACGACAGCGAUACUAAGGAUGCUGUUGUGAACUUGCUACAAGUCAUCAAGUCGUUCUCAGAGCACUUUAAUGAAUCAACCAUGUUUUCUGGGGGUGCACAAGCUACUAAACUCAAAGAGGAGUUUGGUUUGCAUUUCCGAAACAUCACAGCGAUAAUGGAUUGUGUCGGGUGUGAUAAGUGCAAACUGUGGGGCAAGCUACAGAUCCAAGGUCUUGGCACUGCCCUCAAAAUAUUGUUUUCUGGGAGAUUUGAUCAACCAUCUCCAUCGCCCUACAGUGUUGCUAACCUCGGGAAGAACCAAUUCCAGCUGGACCGUAAUGAAAUCAUCGCUCUGUUUAAUGCUUUUGCAAGGCUCUCAACAAGUAUUUACGAGCUGGAAAAGUUCCGACAAAUAAUGAGGUAGCGAGAAAGUCAUUGUACCAACUUAAACUAACAAUCUGUGGUUAUUUAAUGCUCUUGUUAUUUAUUUACAAUUUUAUUCAAUGUGAUUAUUAAUUAUAUUUAUAUGAGUGUACAAAAUAUUUAUCGUCGGUUCUUGGGUAGUCAUGUAAAUUAUGUUAGUGUAAUAUUUUAGUCAUAUGUAAAUUGUAAAAUUUAUAAUCAAAUAUUCCCUGAACCUUUUCAAACAAGUGUAAUAGACGAAUUGCAGUAGGUUAUGUAAUGUAUGUAAUAUAAAUAUGUCAAUUUCCGGGUAAUAUUAAAUAGAGUAAUUACUUAAUCAGCAUGAAAUGUGUCUUUGCAGCAUUCAGAUCACUCUAGAAAAGAGUGUAAGAGUAAUCUUUUUUUUUAGUAAUGACAUCCUUUUGUCCAAAGUAGGCCUAUACCUACUAAGCAAAUUCUCUGAAGAAAUAUUUAUUUUUUGAAUUUUUUAACACUGUAUUAUGAGAUAGAAUCUUCAACUUUAGAAAGGUAUUUUUCUUCUUCUGAACAGCUAUUGUGUAGGCCUAUCUUUAACCUAAUCUAGAUGAACUAUAAUCAUUAAGAUAAUUUGCUUAUUUUCUGGCCUGCCUGGUAUAAAAUAAGCUACAAAUCAUUAAAAAUAUACAAACUCAGGGAGUAGUUUCAAGAAGUGGUAACAUAUUUGUUUUUAUAAAAUGCUGGAGACAUAAAUCUUAAGCUGUGUUGCCAAAAUAUAUUUCUCAAACCUACUGCUACUAAAUUAGUUGUAGAAUAUAAAUUAUAUUGUAAAAUUUAAGCAAAUAACUGGCAGAUUUUGAAAAUAUAUGCAAACAUUAGGAGGAGUGUUUCUUUGUCCAAAAUUAUUGUUGAAAGUGUACAUCAUUUUAGAUACAUUGUUGUAUCAAAUUGUAAUAACUCUAUACUGACUUAUCUACAUUUUAUAAUUUUUGAUCAGCAAACAGUAUUGGCUACAACUGUUUGUGUUUUUUUUAUACAUUCUGAUUAUUUUACUUAUUGUGAGUUGAACCUGAAGAUUAUUCGUCUAAGGUGCACACAAUUUCUUUUUAAGUUUGAAAAUUUUUAUAAACCAAUUCCCUCGAUGUGUACAAAUUACAAACAGUUUGUAUUUUUGCCACUGGCUGUGAUACCAAUGUCUAUUAUCUAUUGUGUCGUUUGUAAGUAUUUCAAUACAUAUACUCCGUUCACAAAAUGUAGGCGGUUUGAGGGGUAAAUGUUUCAAUCCCCUCCACCUCACUGCAACUUUGAAACCACAGCCAACAGCUUAUAUUGUAAAUUGGGCUAAAAUAGUGGUGGAGAAACCUUCCCCUUAAACUGCCAAAAUUUUGUGAACAGGCUAUAGUUCAAUAUAUACACAAUUUAAUUGAAAAUAUUAAUAUUAUAUACACUUCCCUGAACAUAUGUAACUUAUAUUAUGUACAGAUUUGUGUUAAUUCAAUUGAUUGUGUGUGCGGUGCUGUUAUUACUGUAGAUAGCGUUGCUUUAUUUCUUAGCGACUUAAAACAUCACACAUUUCUACUUAUUUCUUAUGUUAGCACUUUAGUAUAGUUUUCCUAAGAUUGUUUUGUUUUUUGUUAGUCAUUUCUUAAACCGUGGUUUUCUGUAAAUUGGGAAUUGUUUUUUAUUUAGUUUUUAUCGACACAAAUGUUGUAUUUUAUUUUAAAUAAAUCUAUGUUUGUGAUAAA